UCCUUUUGAAAUACCCUUUAAACAUAACACAAGCAUCAGUGUCCACCAUUAGUCAUAUAAUAACAAAAACGUAUUAUAUGGAAACACAGCAAACAACGAGGGAGAAGUCGAAGGAGGAGGCAGUGAAGAAAUGGGAGAAGAAGAAGAAGUGUUCUUCACCAAAAGGAGUUGGGAAGGUUCUGAACAAGAAGAAAGGAAAAUUCUACCUUAUUGGGAAAUGUAUUACUAUGCUUCUUUGUUCACACGAGUGAUCGUAAUGAUCAUUAUCACCCACAGUACGUAGUACAUAUAUGUGUGUAUGUGCAGAUAAUGAUAAAGGUCUGAAAAAAUUGAGAGAGCUCAUAUAUUUACAUCUUUACCUUUCUCUUCUUUGUAAAAGUUUGCAUAUUACCUCUUUCGGUGUUCUUUCAUUCUAUGCAGUUGUUGAGAGCUAGUUGUUAAACUUUAGGGACUAAAUACAAUUUUAA